CAGGGUUGUUUUUGUUUAUUAACUCAUCUUGCAGUAGUUGUUGUUGUUAAAUAACUACUUACAUGCUCUGUGCUUUAAUAGGACACACACCUAACUGUAAAAGCCACAUUAUAAGCUACUUUGGCUGUCUGAUAGUAACAUUACACUAAAAUAUAACUAGAUUUCUGAUAUUUCAAAAUAAAAGUAAGAUGGCUUCAUUUGGCUGGAAGAGGAAAGUUGGUGAGAAGGUUUCAAAGUCAGUGGUGCAGCAGUUCGUGGCUGAGGCGGAGAAGGUUGCUGGAGAUGCUGCUGCUGGACCGAGUCAGGAUGAGGAUGAGGAGGUGGAGGUGGACUGGCUGCACGCCAUCAAACGACGGAGGGAGAUCCUGCUGGAGGACUGUGCAGCCAAGAGCAAGAGGCUGAAGGAUGAAGGUGCAGAGCUGGUUGAGCAUGGCAGGCACUGGGAGGCCAUUAAGAAGUUGGACGAGGCCCUCCAGCUGACCCCAGACAACCCACUACUGUAUGAGAUGAAGUCUCAGGUACUGACCAUUUUGCAGGAAGUGUUUCCCGCCGUGAAGGCGGCAGAGAUGGCCGUGAAGUUCCGCCCCCUGUGGUGGGAGGGCUGGCAGACUCUGGGCCGUUCCCAGCUCAACCUGGGAGAGGUGGACCUGGCCGUGAAGUCCUUCCAGGUUGCGAUCCACCUGUGCCCAUCGGAGCGCACCCUGUGGCAGGAAGACCUGGAGUGGGCAUGGAGGUUACAGAAGCAGCAUUUAGCAACCAAGGAGAAGACUCGGCAAGAGGAGGAGACCAAAAAGCAGAUCCUCAAUGCCCCCGAGCUGGAGCAGGACUAUGACUUUGAGUCUGAUGAGGUGUUGGCGGCCUGCGUGGCGGUUGCUGAGCGACAGUCGCGCCUUGAGGAGCUGAAGAGGACUGCCGUGGUCAUAGACGCUGAGGGAAAUAUAAAAAACGUACUCACUGAGGAAGAGGGAUCAGAGGAUGCAGCAACACCUUCACAGGAACAGUUUGUCAAAGUAAGAGGACUUUGAAUUGGUCUCAGCGUGCACCUGAUUGUCCUGGUUACAUUUUUGAAUGGUGUUAUUUCUGAGUGUGUGAAGCUGUAGCAUAAAAAACUAUUCAGAAGCAAACACGAGAACUGACGAAUUCUAGUGAAGGUUUAUAUGCGACAGAGUAAAAGACACUUUUUUUGUUGUUUUACAUGUUCCAUCCCUUUAAGAUUAAUUGUGUUAAAUGUGCAUGUAAAAUUAGUUUUGAAGCUAUAAACUUUAGCAUCUCCUAGUUUUAUUUGUUUAUUCUGAUCGCACAACACCACUAAGCUAAUAGCUAAUCCACUCUGUGGUUUCCUUAUAAUCUACUUUCUGACACUCCCGAGACUUCCGCUUCAUAGAGUCUGUAGGUUUUAAUGAAAAGGAAAACAGGAUUUCAAACAGUGCAUUUUUCAUUUGGGAUUAUUUAUACAAUUUUAGACACAAUUUACAAGAAAAUAUACAAAUAAAGAAGGAAAACAAUCACACUUAUUAUCCUAUAGAUGAAGCAGUGAAAAAAUGUUAACACGUUUAUAAAGAAAUACAAUCAAACAUUUGUGUUAAAGGAACAGUGUGUAGGAUCCGGCGAUAUCUAGCGGUGAGGUUGCAGAUUACAACUUCUCCCGUGUGUCAAGCGGUUUGCUUCAAUAGACAAUAAAUUGAUUUAUCUUUCAGAGUUUAGUAUCCUCAAGGAUUAAGGCACAUGGAUACAAAUUAAAAUCAAAAAAGGAGAAGUGGUAGAGAUUUAACAGAAUAAAAUUGUUCCCUCUCUGACCUAGAAAAUCCAGAUUCAUCAUCUCUGAUCAGUUGAAUGUUAAUGACCUGUGAGGUUUUGAUUUGUCUUGUUUGUUUUUUGCUGAAAAAGAGCAUGCAUGCUCGGCAAAAUUUUCAAUGAGUGAAUAAACAUGAAUCAAAAUAUGUGAUAA